UAUAUAUAUAUAUAUAUGGUGGUGGUGAUGAAUAUUAUCGUAAAGACGCAACCCUAGUCUAGCAGUGAGUCCUGAAAGAUGUCUCGGCGAGAGGAUGGCCGAGAAUCCGAGUCCAAGCGCCACCGUUCCAGGUUUGAUCGAGAACCCAGUCCCAAGAGAUCAAGAAGGGAUGGAAAACCAGCCACUGAGAGGCCCCCUAGCAAUCUUAGUUUUGAUGUUCGUGACCAAUCAGAUCGGGAGCAGAAGCACCGACGGCGACUGCAAGAUGCUUUGCCUCUUGAGGGGCCAGAAGCUGAUUCUAAGCUAGAAGCUGGGGCUGGGAGAAAAGAAUUUGACAAGAAAACCAAUGCACUGCGUGAUGGAACCAAAAGUUCUUCCAAUCCUACUGAAGUCCCCAGAUCUCGAUCAUAUUUCCAGCACGAUGAACGUGGUAAUGCCGGGCAAGCUGGUCGAACUGCCGGUCGGGGAGCUGCUACUGAGCGUGGGUGGUGGAGGGAAACAAAGGAUCAGCAUGGGGAAAGGGCAAAGGAGAAGACAGCAACUCGUGAUGUGGCGCCAAAAAUUGAGAAAUCCCAAGGCCGAGGCGAUGAGAAUCGUGUUUGGCGUCAUGAUGGGUUCUACGAAAUAGAAGCAGAUCGACAACCACCUGUAAGGAAAAGACCUUCCUUUAGGGAGAAAAAGGUUACUGACUCUGAAAAUGUUGACAAAACUGGAGCUGAUCCUGUGAAGCCAAGCCGUCCAGACCGCCCUUUCUUAGGAAGUGAAAGAAGGGAGGAUAGAGGAUCCCACUACCCUCGCUAUUCAGAUGGACCGGAAAAACCGUCUGUAGGGGACAGGGAGGUAAAGAGGGGAGAUGUUUGGAGGGGUAGCUUUCAGUCGAGGGAUAGAUAUGGUGGCGGCAACAAUUACAGAGGAAGAGAUCGAUUCAGUGGGAGGGGAGGGGGAGGGGGAGGGUACCGCCCAAGUACUGUCCGUGUUGUCGAGAAAUGGAAGCACGAUCUGUUUGAGGAGGCUAAUCGAAGUCCAAGCCCAAAGAAUGAAGAAGAUCAGAUUGUCAAGGUUGAAGCACUCUUGGCCUCUUAGCUCUGGCAGUUUCUUGAAGAGCAGCAUCAUUUUGUAUGUCCAUCGGUUUACAUUGCGUGUUUGUUUAGGAUUCCAGUCAAAACGUUUCCCCCUUUCCCAAAACCGCAAAAUGAAUGUUGUUCUGAAGAAAUACUGCACAUAUGUGCAAAUUGUUUUAACAUAAUCAUGUUUUAUGCGGCCAGAUUGGAACUAUUUACGUUGUACUUUUA